AUGCUGUUUUAUGGAAAGCUGUUUUCCCGCUUAAAUUUAGAAGGGACCUUGGUGAGCAAGGAUAGUUCGUUUAGUGGGCCUUUUAGUAUUUUUGGGCUUCCAAAGAGAAAGGUCCAAAGCGGGCAAUGUGGGCUCCCACACAGGCCCGUUGUCAACCUCUUAUUCUUUCUCAUUGUUCUCUGCAUAUUCUCCUACUUAUCACAUUCAAAAAAUUCUUCUUUAUGCCCCAUAGAUUUCAAUUAUGUGAAUACCUUUCCAUGGGACAUCUCAGACUGCUCCACCACCGCAACCGCCACCGCUACGGAAAACUGCUGCUCAUCUCUCGGUGGCCUCUUCCGCAUCGGCCUCGCUCACCACCUCAAGAAAACUAAAACUUUCUAUCUCCCAAACCCACAAUCAUCCGCUUCUUGCAUCUCCGAUUUCCAAUCCCGCCUCUCUUCAAUCUCCGUAGCACACCCCUUCUCUACUUGCCACAGCUCCACCAACGAGUUUGUUGCAAGCCCAUCAAACUGUGAUGGGAUUGUCACGUUAUUAGAUUGGGUUGAUAGGAUUGGUCCCAACACUGUGCUACAGUUCUCUUGUGACGGAGAUCUUGCUGAGUUUUUGAGGUGUAGGUCUUAUCUUGAAGCACGUAUGGAUGUUAAUUCUAACUUGGUAUCAUUGAGUCAAAACUCGAGUAAAUGUUUGGCUUUUACUGCUCUAUAUGCUGCUGGAAUAGUUAACAGUUAUGGGCCUGAUGAUAUCCGGACAGCCAAGUGUAUACUUGGCAUCUCUUUGUCCAAAUCAAGAUCAAAUUCGAGAUCGAAGGAAAAUACCAUUUAUGCAGUUUUGGGGGCGUUGAUAGGAACUCUUGUUUUUGUUGGAGCAAGUGGGAUUUAUAGGAGAUAUAAUAACAAGAGGAAAGAAACCCAAUCACAUAGAGAUUAUGUAAGAGAUGUAAAAGCUCGUGUUUUGCCCAACACAGGCGCAAAAUGGUUUUGUAUAGCCGAGCUUGAUGUAGCUACGAACAGGUUUUCACAACAAAACUUGAUAGGUCAAGGUGGGUUCGGGGUUGUUUACAAAGGAACACUUUCUGAUGGAACACUUGUUGCAGUCAAGAAGAUGAUGAGCUUCGACACACAAGCAGACAAUGAUUUUGUUAAUGAGGCUGAGAUCAUAAGCAAGAUCCGGCAUCGAAAUCUUCUGCCCUUAAGAGGGUUUUGUGUAACGAGUGAUCCGAUACAAGGAAACGAAAGGUAUCUUGUUUAUGAUUAUAUGCCAAAUGGUAGUUUACAUGAUCAUAUUUUCGACAAAAGUACAUCUAACCAUAAGAGACUAAGUUGGCCUCAACGAAAAUCGAUCAUACUUGAUGUGGCUAAAGGGUUAUCUUAUUUGCACAAUGAGAUCAAGCCCGCAAUCUUUCAUCGUGAUAUUAAGGCAACCAACAUUCUUUUGGAUUCGAAUAUGAGAGCUCUAGUUGCGGAUUUUGGGUUAGCCAAGCAAAGUAGAGAUGGGCAGUCUUGGAUAACUACGAGAGUUGCGGGAACAUAUGGAUAUGUAGCACCUGAGUACGCGCUCUAUGGACAACUAACAUCAAAGAUUGAUGUUUAUAGUUUUGGGAUUAUAGUGCUUGAGAUCAUGAGUGGGAGAAAGGUGCUUGAAGAGGUGAAAGGGGAGAUGGUGAAAUCAGAUCGAAUUGAGGAGGUUUUUGAUGAUUCUCUAAAAGGAGAGGGAACCUUGCCUAAGGGUGUGAUGGCAAGAUUUGUAAAAGUUGGAUUAGUUUGCGCACAUGCGCUGGUGGCUCUACGACCAACGAUUUUGGAAGCUCUAAAGAUGUUGGAAGGUGACAUUGAUAUCCCUCGAUUGCUCGACCGACCACCGCCUUUUUGUCACGACCCUUUUAGGUCGAGUUUCCGGCAUAGCAACAGUUUGUGGUUGAGUAGUGAAGGAUCCAUGGCCAGUUCAAGCGUAGGUGCGCUGGCAUUUCUGCUAAGAAAGAGGCACCCGUUAAUUUCUUAACAGACCCGUUGGAAGGGAGAUCUACCCUUCGACCAGCUGACAUUCUGGUCUUUGGAUGGGUAGGAGGAAAACACGCAUGUGUGGAUCUAACAGGGGUUUCUCCGCUUGUGGGCUUAGGGAGUAGUGCUUUCACAGUGGGUCAGGCUGCUUUAAAGGCUGCUUCGGGUAAGGUGAUCAAGCAUGAGAAAGCAUGCUUUGACAACCAGCACGUGUUUAUCCCAUUUGCUUUUGAUACUUUUGGUUUUCUGGCGCCAGAGGCUGUGGACCUACUUAGUCGAGUUCAAAAGGUCAUGCAUAAUAAUGUUAUGACCCCGAGAUCUAUGGACGUAGUUUUUAAAAGGCUUAGUUUUGCUAUCCAAAAAGGGGUAGCGGCACAACUUGUAGCCCGUUUACCAACUAUCUCGAUGUAAAUUAUUAUUCUUUAAAAGUUAUGAUGAAAUUCGGACAACCAAAUUUGAGGGAAGAGCCAACAACUUGAAAGACAUACUUUUUAUGUAACAUUUCUUUUGUCUAGGCUUUCUGUAUGAUUAAUGUACAUUAGGCUAAUACCUUGUUUUUAAUAGCUAUGAAAUUUUGUGAGAGAUAAAAUACAACUUUUUGUAUCUCUAAAUGCAACCGAUCUAUGU